AUGCCUGUCAUUGUCGCCGCUGUCAUUGUUGCCGCUGUCAUUGUCGUCGCUGUCAUUGUCGUCGCUGUCAUUGUCGUCGCUGUCAUUGUCGUCGCUGUCAUUGUCGCCGCUGUCAUUGUAAUCGCUGUCAUUAUCGCCGCUGUCACUAUCGCCGCUGUCAUUAUCAUCGCUUCCACUGUCAGCAUCAUCAUACGAAGCGUAGAAGAUUAUGUAGAUCGUGAAAUGAGGAUUUGGGGGAGAGUGUUAUCCACGACGGAAUGCGAGAACGUCCGAAAGGCGUAUUUAGUCCAUGCCGAUUCUAAGACGCGAUGUGCUACAACUCCUGCAACUUCCUCUAUACUCAGGAGGGUGUAUGUGCAUGAGCUGAAAGAAGUCUAUCUGUCAGUCUACGUCCACCCAGGUUGA